CCGUCGCGCCAAAGAAAGAAAGGACUCCUGUGAAUGAACAUUCCGCACAUGCGCAGUAGGCCCCGAAACGAUGACUUCCUGCUAAAUAGUGCUCCCUAACAACAGACAAAGCUUAACACUGUGGAUUCAAUUGAAGACGCUUAAUUAAAAGCGUUUCUCGUUCACCCCUUCAAUGCAGGGUCCGGACAGGCGCUCCCGGUGCAGAGAGUAGGCUGUGCCGCAGACAUGUCGGCUCGCUCCGCUGCAGAGAUGGUCGACUCGCAGGAGCUGCCCGAGCUGCCGACAAAGAAGCCGAGGCUUGAUAUCGACGGUGGACUGGAGAAAGAGCCCAGUAAUUUAGGUGACGAUAGGAGUCCGGCUGCAGUGUUGGGUUCAUCAGAGCAGGAGAGCUCUUACUCUGCUCUGUCCACAGCCCAGCUUGAUCCAGGUGAUCAGGAGCAGUCCGACGCAGACAGAGGGGCGGCAACUCAGGCAUGCGGCGACUCCAUGAACUCGUAUGCACAUUCUGCCACGGACUCGGCAGCGACAUCCGAAUACACCCAACAGGUUUAUCAGGGAAGCAACCCGGCAGUGACGUCGUACCCCAGUCAGGUGGCCUUCCCUCUGCUGGCCCAGUCCACCGUGUACUCCGCCUUCCCCCAGACAGGCCAGAACUACGGCCUCCCGCCCUUUGGUGCUAUGUGGCCAGGCAUUAAAACAGAGACAGGGCUGCCUGAGGCGCCCUCUGGUGGCCAGCCUGGGUUUCUCAGCUUCAGCCCUGCAUAUACCUCAACCCAGCCAGCCCAGCUGCACUACUCAUACCAAGGCUCAAGCUUCACAACAUCCAGUGUGUACUCCAGCAUCCCAUCAGCUACGGCUGCCACCACAACCUCCACCACAGCGGCCCACCAGGACUUUAGCGGCUACAACUCUCUGGGCCAGAAUCAGUUCUCUCAGUACUACGCUCUGCCUCCCAGCUACGUGCCUGCUGGCCUGCCCAGCAGCGAGGACCACGGUGCCGGCGCUGGAGCGGCCGGAUAUUCAGCUGUGAAGUCGGAGCAGGCCGCAUCAGCCGGGCUGCCUCCCAGAGAUGCGUCCCCACCAGAGAACCUCCCGGCAGGUGCAGCACUUCCUGCCAGCGUGGCCGUCCCCGCUGGAGCCAGAGAUCAGGACGAGGUCGGACGCAGGAACUCUGUUGGCAAAUCCAAAGGGAAGGGCAAGAGGUCCGAUAGCUCCCCGCCUGCUGAGAGUGACCUGGAGCGCAUCUUUCUGUGGGAUCUGGAUGAGACCAUUAUUAUAUUCCACUCUCUGCUCACCGGCUCCUACGCGCAGAAGUUUGGCAAGGAUGCAGCGACGGUGCUGAACUUGGGCUUGCAGAUGGAGGAGCUGAUCUUUGAGCUGGCAGACACUCACCUUUUCUUCAAUGACCUGGAGGAAUGUGAUCAAGUCCAUGUUGAGGACGUUGCUUCUGAUGACAAUGGACAGGACCUGAGUACCUACAACUUCUUGGCGGAUGGCUUUAAUGGUUCCAGUGGUGGAGGGGCAUCGGGAGCCACCGCAGGGGUCCAGGGAGGCGUGGAGUGGAUGCGGAAACUGGCCUUCCGCUACCGCCGGCUAAAAGAGAUCUACAGUAACUUUAAAGGGAAUGUCGGAGGCCUGCUGAGUCCCAUGAAGAGGGAGCUGCUUCUACGGCUUCAGUCUGAGAUCGAGAACGUUACAGACGCGUGGCUCUGCACGGCGCUCAAGUCACUGCUGCUCAUCCAGUCCAGGGGGAAGUGUAUGAAUGUGUUGGUCACCACCACUCAGCUGGUUCCAGCUCUGGCCAAGGUGCUGCUCUACGGCCUGGGAGACGUCUUCCCCAUCGAGAACAUCUACAGCGCCACCAAGAUAGGGAAAGAGAGUUGCUUUGAGAGGAUCGUCUCUCGCUUUGGGAAGAAGGUGACUUAUGUGGUGAUCGGUGACGGUCGAGACGAGGAGUUUGCAGCAAAACAGCACAACAUGCCUUUCUGGCGUAUCUCCACUCACGGCGACCUCGUGUCCCUGCACCAAGCGCUGGAGCUGGACUUCUUGUAAAGAAGGUGGCGUCGAACGCCGCACACCAAAAAGGGAAAAUACCCGGUCGUUGUCCUGUCGGUCUGCAGAGUGACAUUGAGCGAGGAAAAACCCUCAGCAACUCCCCCGAGACGACACUCGCUAGCAUAUUAGAAAAUCUGCCCUCACUUGACAAUUUAUGACUGUGUGUGUGUGUGUGUGCGUGCGUGUGUGUGUGUGUGCGUGUGCGUGUGUGAGAGACGCACUGAGGGCGGAGCUGAUCGCCAGAGACGGACUGGAUGGCGAGUGAAGUUUCCUCGCGCUCCCUCCUCUACGGCAGCUAACCUCACCGCGGAUGAAACUGGCACUGAUUUGGACACAGAAGGGAAGACAUCCAUUUUUUUUUUUUCUCCUCUUUGGUUACAUUGUCUUUUUUUAAGUAGCAAAAUCUCCUGCAGUGAAAACAAUCCCUCGUCUUUUUUAUUUCUCUCUCUGAAUCUAAACAACCAAAGGGUCACUGUUGGUUGUUCUCUUUUGUUGUUGCUUUUUAUUUAGGCUCUGUGUAACUGAAAGAAUAACAUCGAAGCAUAUUUGUUUUAAAAAAAUCUCUCUCUGGGUUAUUUUGCACUCAUUCAAAGACUUACUGAAGGUCAUCAAAUAAUCCCACUACUAUCCUACCAUGUAGCCAUUCAACUAUCUUAAACGCGGAACUAAGCGGUUAAAAACAUGUCACUUGGUCAUGACUCGACCACAUUGCACAACCAGUCAGCUGUCCUGACCUCCGCUGUGUUUCGACAGCAGUGUGUGUAAAAUCUGUGGUCAGUGAGCAUGUGCUGAGAAUCCGAGGUGCCGGACAAACUUCCCUGUGACACUGCGAUAUGAUACCAAAGCUGGAAGCAGCACAAACCGACCACUGAUCAGUUUCACAAUGACUCGGGGCUUUUCCAGUGGAAUCUCCUGACCCAGUAGUAGUCCUAGUAUUCGUGUAUUAGUGUUCCAAAUCCAUUCUACAUAUUACUUCUAAUACAGUAUGUACUGCAUACUUAUCGUCUAUCAGUAAUAUGCAAAAAAAGAAUACAUGCAUAACCCUUUAAGCCUUAGAAGAAAAUGACAUAUAUGCGACAAUGUGCGAAUGUUAAACUAAGAUUAUUUUAUCUUUUGUUUUUUAAGUUAUCUCUCGAGCUGUUUAGUCACCCCAUUUUAAAACUUUUUUUUACCCACCUUUUUUGCCGUUGUGCAUUGCAUUGUGGGAUAGUAUUGUCCAGAAUUGACUCUAUUUAGUCUCAUACUGUCUGGUUUGAUCUUUUUUCUAGUGUGAAGACCCUAUAUACUGAAAACCUGCUCAGAAUUGGAUUUGGGACACGCAGUACCCAGUAAACAAAACUGUGUUUGCCUUAAAAGUUGUUAGACACGAUUUUAAGAACACAGCUUUUAUGGUAUAUUAAGAUCCUUGAAAUCCCAUAAGGCAGGAAAAUAUAAGGGAUGGCACCCAUGGGUGGAUUACUGAGCUGGACACUGAGCCUCUGUCAGUGAGCGCUACGUGUCGUUGUAGAGUCACAGAGCUCCGAUAACACUAGGGAUGUCCUGAUUUUCGCUCCCGAUCCUUAUCAAAGUCAUUUUUUUCCUUUUAGACCGAGACCAUUACGGGGGCGGAUAUUGGCUUAUUGCUGAUAUGUCUGUCCGUUGUGUAUCUUGGAUAUGUAAUUUAAACAGUGUCUCCGUUACAUCAUUUAUCCACCUGAGAGCACUGACGUGUUUAUUUUCUUGCUCAAUAAAUGUAUCGCUCAGGAUACAUCUUGGGCACAAAAAGAAAAACAAAUCUAAGGGAUCUCUAUCAAAUAAGUAGUAAAUACAUUUAGUUGAAAACCUGACCACAGAUAACGGCUGUGAUAACUCGUCCAUCCCCAGAUGCCCAAUGUCUCGUAAUCCGUCCGCGUGCUCCCUCUCAGCCUCUUGUUUCAGCUAACAUGUAGUUCGGAGGAUCACAAUCACUUAAGAGGUUUAAUUUCAAAGUUUCCUCUUCUCUUAGUGAUUACUUUUUUUGUAGCAUCUGAUCUCAGUAGGAGAGCAGGAUACAUAUAUCAGAUAAAAUCUGACAAAACCGGUAGAAUUACAUUUGAAUACUCGCACACGUUGUCAUGUUGCUACAAAUCAGAAAUGCUUUGUUAAUGUUACUGAAUGUCAAAUCGAUGGUUUACCCAAAAAAAUAAGCAUACUUUUUCCAAAGACAUCACUGAACAUGUUUUUUCAGUUUAAUUUGAUUAAGCUGACUUUCAUUGUAUUAGUUAGUAAAAACUAGAGCUGAGUAAAGUAUUGAUGAAUAACAAACUAUGUUCUUGAUUAUUCAAUUAAUCCACAAACAAUUGACAUUUUUUUUAGUACGCAAAGAUAGAACAAACAGCUAGCUAGAGGAGAUAUUAGCUGAAUAUUACAAAGUGUUGGAUUGGAAUCACUGACUGCUCCUUUUUAGGUAGCGUGGAUAUACAUCCAUGUAAACAUGCAGCAGGUCAGUGAACGUGUUUUUCUCUUUAUAUUACUACAGUCCAAAAGCCAAAACACUUUAAAUUUGCUAUAUUGGAAUUAGACUAACUGCAAGUAUUCCCAUUAAAACAAGUAAAUCUUUUGAACUUUUGCUUUAGGGUUUCAGAAUUAAAUGAACAAUAAGUAAAUGUCAAAAUAGUUCGCAAACUAAUCAUCAAUUAAUUAAUUGUUUCAAUUCUUAAAACGUGGGUAUUCAUUUUUGUGAGACAACUGCGACCACAGAAUUACCCAAAUUUUAAGCCACAUGACAAACGACGACCUCGCGGAGGCGUAUUGGAGGAAAAAAAAUCAACAGAAAGGGUGAUGACCGUGCAAUACAUUUCCACUUUGCUCAUUAACUGUGCUUAUAAGGGAUUUUUCACGUGUCGACGGUGAGAGUAGGAGGGAUCGACACCCCCCCCCCCCCCAUCAUGAGAUUAUGACUGAACAAUACUGAGGAAGAUUUCGUAUUUACACACACAUGCAGCUUGACCGUUAAGAAUGUGUAUCUCUGUGUGUGUGUUUUUGUUUGUCUAGUGUGACUGUGCAUAUUUAUAUUGUGCCUUUUAACCAUCAUCUGUAUGCAUAAUCUCAAAGGGAAAUAUGUAAGGCUUUGUUUUGUUUGUUUGUUUGGUACAUGUAUCACUGAGUUGUUUUAUUAUCCAAAGUGUUAUCUUACUUUCUUUUCUCUUUUUGUACUUUUUAAAGUGUGUUUUUUUUUAGUUUUUUUUUAUCUAUACAUUAUUUGAUUUGAUUGUCCUAUCUGCACUGUAUUUGAGAAGGCCUCCUUCUAGAAAAUGAUACAUCCAUUUUCAGGAGAAAAGGUUUGUGUUGGUUGCUCAGUGUUUGAUGAAAACAAUGGAAAAGAUGGCUUACUAUCACUUUGCUGUCUUGUUUUUUUUCAAGAAUGGAUAUCUCAAUACAGAGUGAUAAUACAUUUAUUCGUUUUACAUAAAUUUACUUAAUGUCUGCUUUGUAUUAGACUUCUGCUUCCUUUUGAAAAGGAGAUUUAUUUUGUCGCUGUCAAACGCCCGCAUCGCUUGGAGACAAUCAUCUAGGAACGCACGGUAUUUUUAACGCAGAUAGUUCAAGUUCAAAUUGUUCAGUCUUGCUAACUGAGUGAGAACAGGUAAAUGGGCUCAUCUGUCAGCUCUGACACACAGCUGAGAAAACUUAGGAGACCAUUUUUCAAUCUUUGUAUUUUCAUUUUUCUGCUUAUUGUAUGUGUUUUCUGUGUAUAUCUUUACCGUGUCUGCAUGUAACGUCGGUUUUGAAGUGUACCAUGGCUGUUAAAUGUUUGAGGCUUUAUUCUUCUAUGUGUCCUCAUUUUAUUUCCAAUGCCAAAUACUGUUUUGUUUUUUUGUUUUGUUUUGUUUUUUAAAGUGUGUUUUGUUUUUCUGUUUAAAAAAAAAAAAAGG